GAGCGACCAGCUGCGUUGUUUUGCUGCUGAGACAACUAGCUAGCUAGCUAGCCAUCCAUCCAUCCAUCCAUCCAUCCAUCCAUCCAGCGGUGCUAGCAAACAAACAAUAAACUGAAUAUGGCUGGAACUUCUUCAGUAGCUGGUGAAGUAUUUGUCGAUGCCCUACCGUAUUUUGACCAGGGUUAUGAUGCAGCGGGCGUUAGAGAGGCGGCUGCAGCCUUGGUAGAGGAGGAGACUCGCCGAUACAGACCCACCAAGAACUACCUCAGUUAUAUGCCAACACCUGAUUUCACUACAUUUGAAACUGAAAUCAUGAGGAACGAGUUUGAGAGGCUAGCAGCCCGGCAGCCCCUGGAACUUCUCAGCAUGAAGAGAUAUGAGCUUCCAGCUCCAUCAUCAGGACAGAAGAAUGACAUCACUGCAUGGCAGGAGAGUGUGAACAACUCCAUGGCUCAGCUGGAGCAUCAAGCAGUGCGCAUUGAGAACCUGGAACUUAUGGCACACUACGGUACCAAUGCAUGGAAGGUCUACAAUGAUAACCUGGCCUUUAUGAUUGAAUUGGCUCAAAAAGAACUACAGAAAUGUAGAAAGCAGAUUCAGGACUUGAACUGGCAACGGAAGAAUGAUCAGCUUGCAGGCGGGGCCAAGCUGAGAGAGCUGGAGUCAAAUUGGGUGUCCCUCGUAAGUAAGAACUAUGAGAUUGAACGUGCCAUCGUCCAGUUGGAGAAUGAAGUUGGACAGCUCAAACAGCAGCAUGGUGACGAGAACAAGGAAAACAUUCGACAGGACUUCUAGAAACAGAACCUUGCAGAAGAGACAUUUUACAAGAAAGGAAAUGUUGAGCUUGCAGCUGAGAACAACGAAAACCAAUGUGAAAAGAACAGGACUGUCCCUCCAAAGUUUAAGAACCUAGUUGCCUUGGCUGUACAGCUUUACAUUAGUCUCACAUUGACCGUUGAAAAAUUGUUGGUCAUGUGUAGAGCAUAUUUGGUGUACCUCGAUCACUUCAGAGAGGAAGUCUGAUUUUGUGUUUAUUUUUUAUCAAUGCUUGUCAAUUUGAGUAAUUCUAAAAUGAGGUAGUUAAUAACUAAUUAUGCAGUCUACAAAAGUCACUUGAUUUCUUAACAUAAGUACAGUUGAAGUUGGAAGUUUACAUCUUAGCCAAAUAUAUUUAAACUCAGUUUUUCACAAUUCCUGACAUUUUAACCCCUGUUAAAAAUGCCCUGUUUUAUGUCAGUUAGGAUCACCACUUUAUUUAAAAAAUGUGAAAUGUCAGAAUAAUAUUAGAGAAUGAUUUCUUUCAUCACAUUCCCAGUGGGUCAGAAGUUUACAUACACUCAAUUAGUAUUUGGUAGCAUUGCCUUUAAAUUGUUCAAUUUGAGUCAAACGUUUCAGGUAGCCUUCCACAAUAAGUUGGGUGAAUUUUGGCCCAUUCCUCCUGACCGAGCUGGUGUAACUGAGUCAGUUUUGUAGGCCUCCUUGCUUGCACACACUUUUCCAGUUCUACCCACAAAUUUUCUAUGGGAUUGAGGUCAGGGCUUUGAUGGCCACUCCAAUACCUUGACUUCAUUGUCCUUAAGCCAUUUUGCCACAACUUUUGGUCAUUGUCCAUUUGGAAGACCCAUUUGCGACCAAGCUUUAACUUCCUGACUGAUGUCUUGAGAUGUUGCUUCAAUAUAUCCACAUAAUUUUCUUUCCUCAUGAUGCCAUCUAUUUUGUGAAAUGCAGCAAAGCACCCCCACAACAUGAUGCUGCCACCCCCGUGCUUCACGGUUGGGAGGGUGUUCUUCGGCUUGCAAGCAUCACCCUUUUUACUCCAAACAUAACGAUGGUCAUUAUGGCCAAACAGUUCUAUUUUUGUUUCAUCAGACCAGAGGACAUUUCUCCAAAAUGUAUGAUCUUUGUCCCCAUAUGAGUUGCAAACAGUAGUCUGGCUUUUUUAUGGUGGUUUGGAGCAGUGGCUUCUUCCUUGCUGAGCGGCCUUUCAGGUAAUGUCGAUAUAGGACUCGUUUUACUGUGGAUAGAUACUUUUGUACCGUUUCCUCCAGCAUCUUCACAAGGUUCUUUGCUGCUGUUCUGGGAUUGAUUUGCACUUUUCGCACCAAAGUACGUUCAUCUCUAGGAGACAGAACGCGUCUCCUUCCUGAGCGGUAUGAUGGCUGCGUGGACCCGUGUUGUUUAUACCUGCGUACUAUUGUUUGUACAGAUGAACGUGGUACCUUGGAAAUUGCUCCCAAGGAUUGUGGACUUGUGGAGGUCUACAAUUGUUUUUCUGAGGUCUUGGCUGAUUACUUUUGAUUUUCCCAUGAUGUCGAGCAAAGAGGCACUGAGUUUGAAGGUAGGCCUUAAAAUACAUCCGCAGGUACACCUCCAAUUGACUCAAAUGAGGCUAAUUGACAUAUCAGAAGCUUCUAUAAAGCCAUGACAUUUUCUGUAAUUUUCCAAGCUGUUUAAAGGCACAGUCAACUUGGUGUACAGUGGGGGGGGGGGGAGUAUUUAGUCAGCCACCAAUUGUGCAAGUUCUCCCACUUAAAAAGAUGAGAGAGGUCUGUAAUUGUCAUCAUAGAUACACUUCAACUAUGACAGACAAAAUCAGAAAAAAAAUCCCAUUGUAUGAUUUUUUUAUGAAUUUAUUUGCAAAUUAUGGUGGAAAAUAAGUAUUUGGUCAAUAACAAAAGUUUAGCUCAAUACUUUGUUAUAUACCCUUUGUUGACAAUGACAGAGGUCAAACGUUUUCUGUAAGUCUUCACAAGGUUUUCACACACUUGCUGGUAUUUUGGCCCAUUCAUCCAUGCAGAUCUCCUCUAGAGCAGUGAAGUUUUGGGGCUGUUGCUGGGCAACACGGACUUUCAACUUCCUCCAAAGAUUUUCUAUGAGGUUGAGAUCUGGAGACUGGCUAGGCCACUCCUUCGUUGCCCGGGCGGUGUGUUUGGGAUCAUUGUCAUGCUGAAAGACCCAGCCACGUUUCAUCUUCAGCCCUUGCUGAUGGAAGGAGGUUUUCACUCAAAAUCUUACGAUACAUGGCCCCAUUCAUUAUUUUUUUUACACGGAUCGGUCGUCCUGGUCCCUUUGCAGAAAAACAGCCCCAAAGCAUGAUGUUUCCACCCCCGUGCUUCACAGUAGGUAUGGUGUAAUUUGGAUGCAACUCAGCAUUCUUUGUCCUCCAAACAUGACGAGUUGAGUUUUUACCAAAAAGUUAUAUUUUGGUUUCAUCUGACCAUAUGACAUUCUCCCAAUCUUCUGGAUCAUCCAAAUGCUCUCUAGCAAACUUCAGACGGGCCUGGACAUGUACUGGCUUAAGCAGGGGGACACGUCUGGCACUGCAGGAUUUGAGUCCCUGGCGGCGUAGUGUGUUACUGAUGGUAGGCUUUGUUACUUUGGUCCCAGCUCUCUGCAGGUCAUUCACUAGGUCCCCACGUGUGGUUCUGGGAUUUUUGCUCACCGUUCUUGUGAUCAUUUUGACCCCACGGCGUGAGAUCUUGCGUGGAGCCCCAGAUCGAGGGAGAUUAUCAGUGGUCUUGUAUGUCUUCCAUUUCCUAAUAAUUGCUCCCACAGUUGAUUUCUUCAAACCAAGCUGCUUACCUAUUGCAGAUUCAGUCUUCCCAUUCUGGUGCAGGUCUACAAUUUUGUUUCUGGUGUCCUUUGACAGCUCUUUGGUCUUGGCCAUAGUGGAGUUUGGAGUGUGACUGUUUGAGGUUGUGGACAGGUGUCUUUUAUACUGAUAACAAGUUCAAACAGGUGCCAUUAAUACAGGUAACGAGUGGAGGACAGAGGAGCCUCUUAAAGAAGAAGUUACAGGUCUGUGAGAGCCAGAAAUCUUGCUUGUUUGUAGGUGACCAAAUACUUAUUUUCCACCAUAAUUUGCAAAUAAAUUCAUAAAAAAUUAAGAAUCCUACAAUGUGAUUUUCUGGAUUUUUUUUCUCAUUUUGUCUGUCAUAGUUGAAGUGUACACCUAUGAUGAAAAUUACAGGCCUCUCAUCUUUUUAAGUGGGAGAACUUGCACAAUUGGUGGCUGACUAAAUACUUUUUUGCCCCACUGUAUAUAAACUUCUGACCCACUGGAAUUGUGAUACAGUGAAAUAAUCUGUAAACAAUUGUUGGAAAAUUACUUGUCAUGCACAAAGUAGAUGUUCUAACCGACUUGCCAAAACUGUAGUUUGUUAACAAGAAAUUUGUGGAGUGGUAAAAAACUAGUUAAUGUCUCCAACCUAAAUGUAUGUCAACUUCCGACUUCAACUUGUACCUGUGCACAAAAAUAUGCUAGCAUGUGUUUAAGUGCAUGUUAUGACAAAUAAUUUCUGAACUGAUGAACUUCAACAUAGCAAAGUUGUUUUAAUUUUUACUACUUUGUGAUACAAAAGUUUGUGUGUAGCCAAUUUUCUUUCUUUUUUUACUUAUAAUAAAUUACAAAUGUGUCGACAUUGUUUAUAGAUGGUUAUGCGUCUACUGCCUCAACAGAUACGACCUUGUUCUUGCAUGUAAAUAGAUCUCUGUCCGUGAAUGUGAAAUGUUAAGUUAAAAACACGCUAUUGCUGCUGUCAA